GCGCUCCCCCGCGCUCCGGCUCGGUGCAGGCGGCCCUGCCAAGUCAGUUUGAAAAGAUCAGACAAAGGCAGCAGGAAGCCCCUCGGCUUGGCAAUGCGUGCGAGCGGAGCGCCAGCGCGAGCCGAACCCUCCCUCUCCCUCCGUCCCGCUCCUCGCGCCUCUUCUGCUCAGCUCGCGGACUGAACCGGACCGUCACGUCGCACAUCCGCGCUUCCGCUCAUCCUCGCGCACACGGGUGGGUUUAUACGGCGCGUGCGGAGAUCUGGAUAUAUUUAUUUGUGUUUUAUUCUUCGUGGGGGAAGGGGGGAGAAAUGCACGACCGUCUGGAUCCUCGGCUGCUUUGGAGAGGGCGAUCAUGUGAGGGCGCAGCGGGCAGCGCUGUGUGACCGCCAGCGAUCCCCCCCAUCGCGGCUGCUGAGCCCCGCCGCCGCCGCCACCGCCGGUGCUGCUGCCGGUGCUGCCACCGGUGCCGCUGAUUUCAGAUUGGAUCAAGCUUUAAGCUUAUUUUGGGGGGUGGGUGGGGGGGAGAAGGGGGCUUUUGUGUUUGAAUACUACUACUGCGCACAGCCAGACACAGGAUCACGUGGACGUGGAGUUUGAUCGAUUUACAACAGUACAACACUUACUCACUCACUUACUUUUGAAAAUUCCUAUUUUUCAAAAAUCACGUGGAUUAUUUUUGUUUUCUCCUUUUUUUCCCCUUUUUUCUGCUUGUUUUUGUUCUAAGAUGGAAACGCACAUCUCAUGCCUCUUCCCGGAGAUCCUGGCCAUGAUCUUCAGCUACCUGGACGUGCGGGACAAGGGCCGGGUGGCUCAGGUGUGCGCGGCGUGGCGGGACGCUUCCUACCACAAGUCAGUGUGGCGAGGCGUGGAGGCCAAGCUGCACCUGAGAAGAGCCAACCCAUCCCUCUUCCCCAGCCUGCAAGCUCGGGGCAUCCGGCGGGUGCAGAUCCUGAGCCUGAGGCGCAGCCUGAGCUACGUGAUCCAAGGGAUGCCCAACAUCGAGAGCCUAAACCUGAGUGGCUGCUACAACCUGACCGACAACGGCCUGGGCCAUGCCUUCGUCCAGGAGAUCCCCUCGCUGCGAGUUCUCAACCUGAGCCUGUGCAAGCAGAUCACGGACUCCAGCCUGGGCCGCAUCGCCCAGUACCUCAAGAACUUGGAGGUGCUUGAACUGGGUGGCUGCAGCAACAUCACCAAUACUGGACUUCUGCUGAUCGCUUGGGGCCUGCACCGGCUCAAGAGUCUCAACUUGCGCAGCUGCCGGCACGUGUCGGACGUGGGCAUCGGUCACCUGGCUGGCAUGACCCGGAGUGCGGCCGAGGGCUGCCUAAGCCUGGAGUACGUGACGCUGCAGGACUGCCAGAAGUUGACAGACCUGUCGCUCAAGCACAUGUCCAAGGGCCUGGCCAAGCUGCGGGUACUCAACCUGAGCUUCUGCGGGGGCAUCUCGGACGCCGGCAUGUUGCACCUGUCACACAUGGGCAGCCUGCGCAUGCUGAACUUACGCUCAUGCGAUAACAUCAGUGACACUGGCAUCAUGCACUUGGCCAUGGGCUCGCUGCGCCUGGCCGGCCUAGACGUGUCCUUCUGCGACAAGGUUGGUGACCAGAGCUUGGCGUACGUGGCACAGGGCCUGUACGGCCUGCAGUCGUUGUCGCUCUGCUCGUGCCACAUCAGCGACGACGGGCUGAACCGCAUGGUGCGGCAGAUGCAUGAACUGCGGACACUCAACAUCGGUCAGUGCGUGCGCAUCACGGACAAGGGCCUGGAGCUGAUCGCCGACCACCUGACGCAGCUGGCAGGUAUCGACCUGUACGGCUGCACAAAGAUCACCAAGCGCGGCCUGGAGCGCAUCACGCAGCUGCCCUGCCUCAAGGUGCUCAACCUGGGCCUGUGGCAGAUGACUGAGAGCGAGAAAGUGCGGUGAAACUUGCUGGUGGGGGAGGAGGUGGAAGAGGAAAAGGAGGAGGGGUAGUAUGUGGGCGGGGAGCUUUCAUUAUUCAAAAAAAAAAAGAAAAGAAAAGCUGUUUGCACACUGUCUUACUCGCAGCUCAAACUGAAGAGAAACAGCCUGAAUUGAGACUUGAGUUGAGUUGUUCAUGAUGCAAAAAAAAAAAAAUCUCUAUUAUUAAAGCAGUAUUCCAUCCUAAAACCUUAAAAAAAGUUUAUUAACCCAUUUCCCAUUAUCAGUCCGUGCAGUGAGACACUAAACAAAAAACAAACAAACAAACAAACAAGAAGUUUGGUUUAAUUCCUAACCAGUCGCAAUAUUAAACCUCCUCCUUCCCACAUCAUGGCGCCUAAAUCGGUUGUUUGGCUACCUCGUAGACGUAGUAGAAACUUGUAUUCUUUUAAAAAAAAAAGGAGAAAAAAGAAAAAUGAAAGAGAAAGAAAUGGAGAUCAAUUGUGCCUGGAAAUACACUCCCCUCCCCCAUCUCGUGUUUCUUUUUUUUUUCGCUUGCGAACAGCAGAAAUGAAGCACUGGGCUCUAACUACCUUUGUUAAUUUGGCCAACAAAAGACUGAAAGGGGACGAGACUGAUGAGACUGGCUCAGAAACUGAACCGAAUUUAUGCAAAGACGGACACGAAAUUACAAAUCCAAUGAAACCUAUGAAAAAUGGUUUGUAUACGAGAGCUUUUCUAUUUUUCCUUCCGAGUUGCGUUUGGAUUCUUCUGGAGCUCGACUUGCAGGGGGCCUCGAGGAAAAAGCCUUUUUUUUUUUUUUUGAACCCGGUGCCCCCACUGCCGGCGUAUUUAUGCUUAAGGAGAGCAGAUAUUAGGUUUGUUAUCUGCUGUUAUUCAGAGCACUGUACUUCAAAUUGAAGUGAAUUUGUUUUGCCCACAGAUGUCCCUUCUCUCAACCAGUUCCCGUCGAUAGCCGUUUCUAGUUUUCAUUGACUUGAUUUUUUGGUUGAUGUUCAUUUUCAUUUUCGCUUCCUUGUAGGUGACAGGUCAACAGCGAACGUUGGUUUUUUUGUUUUUUGUUUUUUUUUCAGUUUCGUCUUCAUUUGUUAACAUUUUAAUUCACACAAAAGGACUUUUUAUUCAAGUGAUGAGUGGAUAGUGGAUUUAUCUCUCUAUUUAUCUCUCUUGCUAUGUCUUUCUCUCUCUCUCUCUCUCUCUCUCUCUCUCUCUCUCUCUCUCUCUCUGGGGUAAGAAGAAUCAAACUCGUGUGAGGCCUGUGUAAUAUGAUGAUGUUAUCGACCUGCAAACCAUGUACUGAGUCCUGCUGAGAAGCUACUGUGUUUUAAAUGUACUGUAUGUAUUUGUAAAAAAAAAAGAAUCUCAAAUUGUUUUAUAUUCUUACAGUAAACAUUAAAGUUGA